AUGAUACUCGUUUGGGUUUGGCUGGUCAUCUUUGAGCCUGUGGCUUCGCAGUUCUGUGAAACAAAACACUUAAAACCUUACACCAAGUCGGUGUCCGUGACGGGCACAAAGUAUGUUACAGCGGAGUACAAUUGCUUCGGUCGGAAGCAGAUGCAAGUUCGAGUGGAUUACUUGACCAAUGAUUGUUUUCUCGACUACGAGGUGACCAGGAAGCAGGUGUGCUGCGAUGGCUAUCAUAAGGUGGACAGCGAUUGCAUUCCCGUAUGUAAGGAUGGCUGCGAAAAUGGACAAUGUACGGGGCCGGAUACUUGCACCUGCAAUGACGGAUACCUCAUGGUCAAUGGACGGUGUGUGGCUCAGUGUAAAAAUUGCAACAAUGGGAAUUGCGUUGCGCCGAAUCAAUGUAUCUGCAUGGCAGGAUUCGUUGCGAACAAUGCUGGGCUGUGUGUUCCCAAGUGCAGGGACGACUGCGUGAAUGGGAUAUGCAACGAGCAGAAUCAGUGCAUUUGUCGCGAUGGAUAUUUCUUCAAUGAAAAGUUGCUUGAGCUUGGAAUCAGGAACAAUACAGUGUGUACGGCUAAAUGUGAUCGUCCGUGCCAAAAUGGGAUCUGCGCCGGACGAAAUCGGUGCGAGUGUUUUUUCGGGUAUGAACUGACGAAAUAUGAUGAAUUUACAUGCACUCCGAUGUGCGAUCCCAGUUGGGUAGAUUGUUCCAACGGAUUGUGUACGGCACCGAAUAAGUGUGUUUGCAAUCCAGGUUUCAAGAUCGACAGAGACCAAUGUGUUCCGGAGUGUGAUCCGGGUUGCGUAAAUGCGAACUGCAGUAAUCCGAACGAGUGUAUCUGCUGGCAUGGCUACCGGAAAUCGAAUGAAUCACACAUCUGUACUCCAUUGUGUGAUCAGCCUUGUGAAAAUGGCGCCUGUGUGGGUGUGAAUCAGUGCAGUUGUCUCAAUGGCUACCAGCGAGUUAACAACAGUCACUGUGAGCCGGUCUGUGACUCACGAUAUAUCAACGUACAAAACGGAAGCUGCAUAGCACCAAAUGUUCUGCACUGUAACGAGGGGUUCAUGCUGCAGCAGCGGGAUGAUUACAAACUCGCUUGCGAAUUGAAGUGCAAUCCUGUAUGUAUUAAUGCUACUUGUUCAGCUGAUGGCAGUUGUAAAUGUAACCCUGGAUACCAACAGAUAGCAGGAAGCUCACACGAAUGUGGACCGAUUUGCGAUCCGCCGUGUAAGAAUGGUCACUGCGUAGCCCCGAAUUCAUGUGAAUGUGGGUAUGGUUAUCGUAAAACUGUAGACACUCCAGAAACCUGCUCUUUUUACUGCAAUCCGGAAGUGGUAGACUGCUUACUAGGCGUAUGCACAGACGUCGAUACCUGCGAUUGUCCGGAUGGAUUUGAACUGACUGAAGACGAUGACCACAUUCUACGGUGUACUCCACAGUGCGAUCCACCGUGUGUCAACGGACACUGUGCCGAUACGAAUGACUGUGAAUGUUUUUUGGGGUACAUUCGGACCAAUGCGACGUUUUGUGAGCCACGCUGUGAUCAUCCUUGCUCCAAUGGAUUGUGCUACAAGCCUAACGUAUGUAGUUGCGAAAAGGGAUUUAUCAAAGUUUCUGAUUUUAUUUGUGAACCAUACUGUGAUCCAAUCGCUGUAAAUUGCACCCAUGGAAACUGCAUUGGUCCAAACGAUUGCUCAUGCAAUGAGGGAUAUCAGCUAUUGGAACAGGAUGGGCUCCUCCAAUGUAUUCCAGUGUGUGAGGAUCUACCACCGAAUGGUGUAUGCGUUGCACCCGGAGAGAUACAAUGCCCGGAUGGACACGAGUUGAGAGAUAAUGUAACAUGUGGUCCCGUGUGUGAACACGAUUGCGGUGAAGGAAUUUGCGUGGCCGUAAACACUUGCCAAUGCCAUCCGGGCUAUGCAGUGAUCGAAGAUCCAUGGUGUGUGCCGAUGUGCGAACACAAUUGUACCAUCGAUCAAGGAGUUUGCAUAGGACUACUGUGUCAAUGCGCAGAAGGGUACGGUAACCUCGAGAGUCCUUACUUCUGCUCACCGGUAUGCGAGGGUUGCAGAAAUGGGAGAUGCUUUUCUCCCGAUGAAUGCGAGUGUUUCGAUGGAUUUGUGAUGUCGAAUGUGACGUUAAAUUGCGAACCCAUUUGUACCAACUGUAGCGAAGGGUGUUGUCUCGCUCCGGAAGUUUGUCAGUGCGAGGAAGCUGAUAAAAUAUCGGAAACCACCUCCGAAACCAACUGGACGAUAGUAGCUUGCAUAGUCGGAGGUAUCUUAACCAUCGCAUCCGCAACUGUAGUAUACAUGUACUUUAUCAAGAAGAGGAUCAAGCAUUCGUACAGGUGCAAAUAUGAUCCGACCGCCGAGCAAGCAUCCAUCGGUUCCGAAACACACAUUGCUUCAUGCUCUUAGGCACCUAAUGGAUGGCUGAAAGCCUUUCCAUUAUCAUGCGAACUUAAAACCGGGAAAUUCAAUCACGAGUGAACGAACAUCCGCUAAUAGUUACCAUAUUAAAUUCUCAUUAGUGACAUCGUUUAUUAAAACUGUUAUUGCUUAUAAUG